AUGACCACUCUUUGUAUUGAUUCCGACUCCGCCGUAGAAACCAUGAAAGACGAUUUACUCGUGCAAGAAGGAUACGUUUUCGAAGAAGAGAUUCAUCUCACAGUGCUCAAAACCUCUCUUUUCUUCGCCGGUGAUGGUUUCACCGUCUAUGAUUCCAAAGGUGAAGUUACUUUCAGAGUUGAGUCUUAUGGACCUGAUUCUCGUGACCUUGAUGAGCUUGUUUUAAUGGAUCCAGAUGGCCGUUGCAUCCUCACCGUUCGCCGGAAGAAACCGAGUCUGCAUCAACGGUGGGAAGGCUUCAAAGGAGAAAGAAUAAACGGUGAUAAACCCACCUUCAGCGUGAAGCGAUCAUCUAUAAUGGGACGGUCAUACGCUGGAGUUUCGGUGGAGGUCUACGAUAGUCCCGGUGAGGAGUACCACAUCGAAGGAUGCUUCUCGCAACGCAGUUGCACCGUUUUUAACGCUUCAAAAGAAUCAGUGGCUCAGAUUCAUCGAAAAGUGGACCCCACUACAGGUGUGUUGAUUGGGAAAGAAGUGUUCUCUCUUUCCGUUAAACCUGGUUUUGAUGCUGCUUUUGCAAUGGGAUUCGUGCUUGUUCUUGAUCAAAUAGGCGGUGAUGAUUCUCUUGAGGAUGAUGCAACAGCAGAGCCUACCGUGCACCCUACUACAGAAGAUUAUGAAGAUAAAUAA